CAGCGCUCAGUCCUCUCCUCCUGAACACACAACCCGGGUCACUCGGAUAGUACACAACAAAUUAUAGGACUUCCGAGAUACUGUGAAAACAGCCGACGGUCCCCGGAUUACUGAUAAAACAACUUUUUUUUUUUGCACAAAGGAAUAGUUUACCUCAAGCGUAAAUAAACUGUCAAACAACAAGAAAACGUUGCCUAGUCUAUUGAGAAGUCCAGGACACAGGCACCAUGACGAGUCAGUAGAAAGGCGUUAUUGCAGCUCUCUGUGGGGUUGGGAUGUCUCCACAGUGACCAGUCGUGUCGGACCAGACUCCAGCUCCGCAGUGAGAAACAGAAGACAAUCGUGAUUGAUGCGCCAUGGAGGGCGGGAACGAAGUGGAUCUGUCCAACAAUAAYAUCAGCCCGCUGUGGAAGCGUCACUCAGCCAAUCACACUGAUCCCAGCAACCCAAAGGCCCGGCCCCUCAGCUACCAGAUAGACAGACUCCACAUGACUGACUUCCCCGUAGAGGACAACAAGUGYAGUUUUACYCUGAGCCAGCCUGCAGAGAGACUKGUGGCUACGCCGGGCGGAGGAACAGGUGUUCUGAAGCACGUUCUCCACCAGCCCACCAGGAGAACACGGGUAGUCAGGAGUAUAAGCAUUGGACAUCUGGCCAAAGGACGUUUCUCUCUGUCCAAGUUCAAGUCKGAGGAUAAGUUUUCGUCAUUGGACACUAAGGCGUACCAUGGUGGGAGUGUUGGUCAAAUCGGUAACAAGGAGAAGGUGUGGUCAGACAAGCGGCCACGGGAUGCCCUGAAGCGACUCUCCAGCCCGUUCACUCUCACCUCUCACAGGGACCAGAUAGUAUUUGGAACAAGUUCCUCACUGCCGGACCCUGCCUCCUCCAAUCACCCCUCUCYCCCUGCCACCCCCAAUAACAACCACCACCAUAACCAAACCUCCCCUUCUUCCUUUCACCCCUUAACCCCUCACCCGUCUCCCCCUAACCCCAGCCCUUCUCCCCCUAGUCUCCACACCCCGCCCAUCUCAGGUGCAGGCAUCUGUUGGGUGCUGGGACAAUGA